CUUUUGCUGGCUGCGAACCAGUGAGCGAUACGGGACGAGAGAGAGGGGGGAGAGAACUAGACUCAGUUUCAGAGAGGGAGAGAGAAAUCAGAUCAAAGAUGAUGUCGAGGUUGAAUCGAUUGAGCUCUAGGGCACCUGCAAUUCUGAGUUCUCGACUCUUCUUCUUCUUCCCCUUCGAAGAUCAGCCGUUUCCACACCACCCAUCACAGAGGAUCACCAAUCGCUUCCUCGACAUUUACCAGAUUGGAAACAAAGCUGCGAUCGAGAAAGAGCGUGCUCGGAUUGCUGAUGAGAUGAAUAGGGGCUACUUUGCCGACAUGUCCGAGAUGAAGCAACACGGUGGUAAGAUUGCAAUGGCAAAUAAGAUUAUAAUUCCGGCAAUGGCUGCUGUGAAGUUUCCUACAAUAGAAGCGAGUUAUUCAGAUGGUACAACUGUUAAACUUCCCAUUGCUUCCAAUGGGAAUGAUGUUGAAGCAUACAAGUCAGGGGUCCCCAAGGCAACGUUGCUAUGUCUUUCGUUUCGAGCAAGUUCUCAGGCAAUGGUUGAUUCCUGGAGCUUGCCUUUUCUUGAGCAUUUCAGUAACUCAGAAAAAGUUAAGUUAUACGAGGUCUCCUUUAUUGACUCGUGGCUACUAUCACGCAAUCCAAUCAAGCGGCUACUCCUCCGGAUAAUGAGGAAGUCUAAACCCAAUGAAAGGAUGGACGUGUUGCAGAGACAGAUUGUCUAUUCAUUUGGAGAUCAUUACUACUUCAGAAAAGAGCUUAGAAUAUUGAACCUUCUCACUGGGUAUAUAUUUUUGCUCGACAAUUUUGGUAGAAUUCGGUGGCAAGGUUUUGGCUUGGCAACAGAAGAGGAGUUAUCAUCACUGUUAUCUUGCGCAUCUCUACUAUUGGAAGAGAAGUGAUACGUCCAACAUAUAUCUCAUAUUCUAGGUAAAAUCAGAGGCCACGGUAACAGCACACAAUUGAGUCAAGUAAAAACGUUUCAUGGUGCCUUUCUGUAUUCUAGGUAUUGCACUUUUUUGGGGUCCAUUUUCAGCUAUUUAGAUAGGGGAUAUUUAAUCAAUCUAUUGUCGUAGCAUUCUCAACAUCCAGUGGCAGUGGCAGACUAUAAAUUGAAAGGAGACAGUGAGAAGAAACCACUGGCUGUUUACGGCAGAGCCACCUGGAGUUAUGAGGGGCCAAUCCUUGUUGAAUGAGGCCUGUUAAUAGUAUGUUAAAAUUGCUCUCCAACUAUUGUAUAGUAAUUUUGUUUUGAGCAAAAAUUGAAGAUCUAUAA